AUGUUGCGAAUUUUAUCAAUUUUUAUAAUUUUCGCAUCCUGUACAGCGGAGACGCCUUGUAAAUAUCCCCCAAAACCAACUUAUAGUAACUGCUGUAACCAUCCAAAACUCCUCGACAAUCGUGACUUUGAAGGAUGCGAUCGUUCCAAAAGUUACAAAAAUCAAGCAACUUCAGUUUGUGCGGAAUACGAAUGUUUUUUCACCAAAACGGGCCUUUUCAAGAACGAAACUCUUCAAAUGGCGGCGAUUCAGAGCUACAUGAUAAAAUUAUCGCGUGAAUUUGCGCAAAUGUCUCCGUUGAUUGAUUGGCAAAGUGUGAUCAGUGGUGCCGUUGAGGUUUGUGUCGACAAGAUUUUUGACAUGAGAGAAGUUUUGAGGGAACUUUUUUCGCAAGAACCUUUCAAAAUUAGUCCGUCGGAGUGUGAUGUGACGUUCGUGGCGACAAUUAAUUGCGUUUAUUACGAUAUUUUUGUCAAUUGUCCGCAAGCAGCGUGGGAACGAACUCGCGAAUGUGAUGAUUGGCAAGAUCAUAUCAAUACUUGCAUGAAUGACAUUGAAACCUUUCCGCAUAUCGACAUGAAUAAAAUGUAUAAUCCAUAA